AAGUUUCCCUUUGGGGAUCAAUAAAGUUCUUUCGUAAAUGUCUACAAAACCUGAAGUUCAUCAGUCAGAGUUUGUCUGUAAUUUACAGGAAAUCCAACAUUACAUCGAAAUCACGAAUUUCAUCGGCUCAUCGUCACAAAAGAAGGACGAAAACGGAUCCUGUGACAUUUUCAAAUUCCAGAUAACGGGGAGUCCGUUAAUGAGUCUGGCAAAAAAAACAGCGUUUUAUCAGGAUAUCCACAAAGUCAAAGGUCACCUGUUUAGGGAAUCACAAUGAAGAGGAUGAAUUUAUGAUGACCCUGAAGACAAUAAGCGAACAAAACAUCAUUUCAGGAUGUGUCAUUUACACAGGUAACACACCGGACUAAAGGUCAGAGAGUCAACGGGUCAAAAUAAACACCUGCACUCUUCAUAAUGAACCUUAAACCCACUUCAUCAUCCCUCCUAACGGAAACUUUAAAAUCAUUUUCACUUUUAAUUCGACUUUUUGAAGAUCAUCAAACAGUUAACAUACAAAAUGAUUUUUAUAGAGCUAUAAAAAGCUGACACUUUUAUCAAUACGGAGCUUCAUAUUUGACAAACACUUCAAUUAGGGAAUUUAUUUUGUCCAAUUACAUCGCUCCGUCUGAGGUAACGGCCUCAUAAAUAAACUCUUUCCAGACUUAAAGAUCAUUUAACAUUUAAACCUGAGAGACUAAAGCAACAGCAAUAUGUAGUCUUUUAUAAUUAUAGUACAUAUGAGGACAUUAAAUGAGCGCGAUAAAUGCAAAAUAAGUACAAAUAAAAAAAAAGGAAAAUGUACUAUAUGAACUGCAGAUACGUACUUUAUAAAUGAAUAAUGUGCACAGUUGAAAAGAAGUGUAUCUGCUUUAUGUGCAGUAUAUGUGUUGUACAAUAGUGUUUUAGGUACAUGUACUAUUAACUGAUAUUUAUUUACUGUAUAAAUAAGGUAUAGGUACUAUAAAAAUGACGUAGAUAUACUGUACAAAUGCUGUAUUUGCAUUGAGUACUGUAUCAUAAAUGGCAUUUUUUUUCAUAUGAACCAUUUAGUUUUAUAUAUUUGUGGAAAACCAUUUGUUUCUGUCUGUAUCUGACAGUUCUGUGAUCGACAGAAAACAUGUUAUUGUUCUGUGAUAACAAGUGUUAUUACAGUAUAUGGUAGUGUAUGUCUGUAUAUAAUUUUUCAGUAUAUUUUUUUCAUAUAAAGUGUCUGCACUCUAUUGUAUUUAUUGACAGAUUAUCACCUGAAUGUAAUUAAUUGAUUAAUUAUGAUUCUGUAUGACUUUGAUUGACAGGAGGGUCUCACUGAUGGGCGUGGACGGCUUUGUAGUAAAUAAAAAAGCUGUCCUGUGCCUUUAAGAGAAUCUAGCCUGAAUCAGCCAAUCAGAGCGAAGAAGGGGGAGGGAAGGGAGCGGGUGGGUAGCAACAGUUGCCCUGGUGAGGACGAAGCGCCAUAGCCACGGUAGCCCUGGCGACAAGAACCCAGCAACGAGAAUCAACAACAACAACAGAGGAAUCGAGAGUAAAAGAAAUCGGAUAUUUUCGGGAGAGAGAGCGGAGCGCGGGCUCGGAGGUGAAGCUGCUCACACACACACUCCGGUUCGGAUAAAGUCCAUCAGGUUCCGGAUCUGCUGGUUCCUGUUGUUUCCUGAACACCGUUAGCUCUGCGGUUAGCUGCGGUUAGCAGCGGUUAGCCGUUGGACUGGUCGUUGGUCCGGUCGGAGGGCUGAAUGAGGCGGUCUGUGUCCGCUGCUCAUCCCGGUGACGGUGAGCGGAGCCCGCCGUGACGACGCAGCCGCGGAGGCAGCCUCCGGCGGGCCGUUGUUAUGGCGAUGUCAAAGCAAAAGGAACAAAAUGGCGGUUGUUGUAGAGACCAUUUAGCAUGUUAGCGUGUUAGCUGGCUAACCAUCGUAGCUGUCACGACAGGCGCGUGCUCGUCGCUGUAAACGGUCCGUUAACGGUCACGGUGGUUCUGAAUUUAACGGUCAGUCCCCUCCCAUCGCCCCCCUCCCCUCAUAGCUCAUCAGGUGAGCUGCAGAGGAGAUGCGCAGGUGAGAACGACUCACCUGAAGAUACCUGAGCGCGCAGACUCAGUGCAGACUGCUGUUAAAGCAGGCUACUGAUAUACAUAUAUGUGUAUUUAUAUAUUAAUAUAUAUAUUUAUAUUUGGUCCACGAGCUCUGCUCAGCUUCAUCAGGUGUGACGCCUUCAUAACCAGGUGGGCGUGGUUUAGGAGGGCGUCUGACAGGUUCAGGUUUUACAGGUGCUCCGUGAGUUUAGGUUCAGGUUCACCACCGAUUAAUUUAACUGGUUAACUAACAGAAACCAGGUAACCUGCAGAUAAUUCGGAGUAAAGAGGGGUCCUCAUCAGAACCCCUCAGACCCCUCAGACGAGAGUGACCUCUGACCUGAGAGUGACCUCUGAAGAGAACACACUUACAGUCUGUGUCCGAAAUGGACCCCUAACCCCUAUACAGGUGAAUAUAUGGGGGUUAGCGCCAUUUUGAGGGGUGUCCGAAACCUCUGUGAUUAAUUCCAAUCCCUUUAAAGGCGACUCGAAAUUUCCCAUAGAGCAUUGCAAAAUGUAGUGACCAUCCGAUGGUCACUACACGGGGGCGGGCAUCCCAUCAUGCAUUGCAUCUUGCCAUGUACUGUCCAAAACCUCUGGUAAUUGAGUUCACUACAUAAUCAACUAUAUAGUAAAACCCCAUAUGAGGGUUAGGGGUUAGGGAUUGAGUGAUUCAUUUCAGACACAGCCACUUACAUUUAACAUCAAAGUCCUCCUGUCAGAUUCAUGUGUUCAUAGAGGGAGAAUAACUGUUUGUAUUCAUCAUGAUAAUGUUGUUUCUAUUAAACAUCGUCUGAUCGAAGUCAAACACGGAGAAUCACGUUAACUCUUGUUUGUUCUAUAAACUCAGUCGGUUACAUUAAUGUUGUUUCGAUCAUGUUAUAGAAGGAAAGUGAAACUCUUGCGUGUUUAUCAAAACACUCUCUGGUGCUCGGGGGUUUCCUCGGUGGCAGGAUGUGAGCUCAUAUUUCAGGUAAUCAGACGUUUGUUCCUGUCAGAGCUCCUCCCUUAUACCAGGUGGACCACGAACAGGUCAGGUCUGUCAGACUUUCAGGAACGAUAAAGAGAAGAUCAGCUGGAGUGUUUAAGUUAGUCCACAGAGAGAAACAGCUCCAUCAAAACUCACUGAUUUAUUACUUUCAUUUAUUCCAUUGGAGGCAGAGACUCUCUACGUCCUCUCUGCUGCAUGUUUCAUGUCUGUGAGGUUGUCGUCUCCCUGAUCAUUCAAAAGGAUCAUUUUUAACCGUCACACUGAAUCCGUCCACUUUAUCUUGACCAGGUUGAUUCCCAGUUCUUAAAAUGGCCACCUCAGGCUACGUAGGUGAGAUCCAGCCAGCGACCCAGCCUCAGGGCGCCGUAGUUACCAUCACACCCGGGCAACCCGACGGCAGCUCCACACCUCCAGCUGCCACUCAGUUUCUCGCUGAGAUUCAGACCACUGUGGCCACAUCCACCAUCAUUACUCCAACGGGUCAGCCCGCUCACACCGACCAAGACGCCUCCAUUGGUGUUCAGAAACCUGCAGCUGGGAGUCAAACAGCGCCAGCCCAGCCGGCCCAGACCCAGUACGUGACCGCAGAGAUCCAGGGCUCGCCAACAGAGUCGGGAAACGCUCAGAGCACCCCGCAGUACAUCGUGGUAACGGUCACAGGUAACAGCUCGACAUGAUACUGUUCAUCGAAAUACCAAAGACCUCUAUAGACCAAAGCGGUGGGGGCGGGGCUUAUAACACACUGAGGGCGGGGCUUAUGAAAGAGGAAGAAACCAACUAAAACAGUGACCACAGGAAGCAGCAAAGACACCAGCUUAGACAGGUGGUUUAUUCUUCACUCAUCACAAAAUUUAUACUUUAUCUAUCUAUCUAUCUAUCUAUCUAUCUGUCUGUCUGUCUAUUUAUCUAUCUAUCUAUUUAUCUAUCUAUCUAUCUAUCUAUCUAUCUAUCUAUCUAUCUAUCUAUCUGUCUAUCUAUCUAUCUAUCUAUCUAUCUAUCUAUCUAUCUAUCUAUCUAUCUAUCUAUCUAUCUAUCUAUCUAUCUGUCUAUCUAUCAUCUAUCGAUCUAUCUAUCUAUCUAUCUAUCUAUCUAUCUAUCUAUCUAUCUAUCUAUCUAUCUGUCUAUCUAUCUAUCUCCGUCUGUCUGUCUUCUCAGACAGCUCAAAUACCUUCAUCAGGUAAAGUUUAUUUGCACAAAGCAGCAGGAACAGCUGAUUCAAAGGGUUGGUGUAAAAAUGAUUAAAUGCUCAAACAUAAGAAUCUCACAGUAAACACACACACACACACGCACACACACACACACACACACACACACACACACACACACACACACAUAAAGGUUAACAGUGUGAGGUUGUGUGUUUGCUCUCAGAGGGGUCCCUCCACUCCAGCGACAGUGUGUCAGACUCCAGUCCCCCUCCAGCCGUGGUGCAGACAGGUGUUCCCACACAGGUUGUUCAGCAGGUGCAGACGGCUCAACAGGUAAAAUCUGCUUCCAGAAAAAUCACAGACGGGAUCAAUAUUUCCUGAUCCAUUAAUCAGUGUCUUUGUUUCAGCAGAGGUCGGUGGUGCAGACCACCGCUCAGAUCGCCAAAACUGAGCCGGGCACCCAGCUCAGCGUCACCAGCCUGCAGCCGGUCCACAUCAGCCCAGAGGUGAGUCCCCCAUCCAAAACACACUCACUGUGUGUGUGUGUGUGUCUCAUUUUAUUAACGAGGUCAAACCUGCCUGCAACACCCCUCCCCUCAGUUCCUCCCGAGCAGCCAGAUGAUGACAGAGUCAGUCAGGGACAGUAGUGUAGAGCUGCAGCAGGUAGAGCAGCCAGAGUGCCAGACCACCUCAGGUGACCACGUUCAGGAACAUCUUUGGGAAACACCCAGCAUCCCCCCGGAGUUUCUUCAGUUCUACGACUUUGUGUACCUGCCUUUAGUGCACGCAGACACAGAGACAGCAGACCACCUGAACCCCCUGCAGUCAAAGAGAGCAUCUAUCCAAGUAGGUCAGGGGCAUGUGGGGGGCUGCGACCCCAAAGUUAGGAGACAGAGGAUCAGUCUGAAACUCCAACACGCAAAACCAGCAGAAAUAAACUCCACACAAGUUUAUCAGAUUUCUGUUUAUGAUUUCAGUCACAGACAUUCAGACACAUGACAGUCUGUGUGUGUGUGUGUGUGUAUUUGUGUGUGUGCCCCUCAGGUCCAGCAGCAGCUCACAUCUGUGCCAGUCCAACAUGUCUACACCAAUCAGGUCCAGUAUGUGGAGGGAGGAGAUAACAGCUACUCCGGCGGCACCAUGUGAGACCCGAGCGCCGACAUCCAAUCAUCACGUUGUUAUUGUUGAUCAAUAAUCAUCUGUAAUCUGGUGUUUGUUAUCUCCUCCGUCUGCCCCCCCCAGUCGCUCCGGAAGCUUCUCGUACUCCGACGCCCCGCUCUACACUCAGACUCCAGCAGCUCAGUAUUACGAGGGUCAAACGGCGCCCGGAUCUCAGGCGUCCACACCUGGCACGCCUCUGACUGUGUCCGUAACCGCCGGCACGACAGGAGGCGUGUCCAUGUUUGUUGCCCAGCCCACAAGUGCAGCAGGGGGAGGGGCUACAGUAGUGACCACAAGCGGAACAACCAACGGGUCAGGCGAGGGGGCGAGCACAAACGGUGGUGCAGCAGGCAGCUAUGUGAUCCAGGGGGGUUACAUGUUGGGCAGCAGCAGCGGGGGAGGAGGCAGUGGAGGAGGGGGAGGAGCAGGAGGCGGAACCACAGGAAACAGUCAGAACUACUCUCACACCGCCCGCACCUCUCCGGCCACUGUGAGUAUUACAGAGGGCGAGGAGAGUAGCGUGCCGUCGGCAGACAAGAAGGUAUGCAGAGGCGCCAAGCGCAAGAGUUUCUUUUUGUUUUUGUUUUCAUCCUCAGACAGUUUGGUGGUGCACGCCGAUGAUGUCACAGCUUGUUUGAGCAGGAAGCGUGUUUGAAAAGUGGGUCAGGGUUUGAUGGUCAGCUGUUUUCAUGUCCAAUCAGCUGUUAGAAUUUGAACUGUGACUUCCUCUCAGCAGAAAAACAAACCGUGACCUCAUCCCGUUCAUAUCAUCACCGUGCAUGUGCGACAGGGGGCGCUCUCUCUCUCUCUCUCUCUUUGCCUGAAUCGCCCCGACGGUUCCUCAUUCCAAAUUCAUAGUUUCUCUAACCCCAUGUGAUCAGGAGAGCCGCCUGUUUGGCGAACAUCACAUCCGUACUCAGCUCAUUGAUUCAUUGCAUACCAGAGCUGUACGCCACGGCACGCAGACGCUGUUGACGCUCUGAGUUCAUUCUGUGUGAUGGACGGCGUUCGCCUGAUCAGUCUGUGUGUGUGUACGUGUGAGUGUGUGUGUGUGUGUGUGCAUGACCUGAACAUGAGGCUGUCUUUGCUCUGUAUAACAGCGAGCUUUGCUAAGUGCUCCAGCUGUCUCUCUCUGCUUACCUGUGUGCCAGGUACAGUGGUUGCUGGAUAACUAUGAGACAGCUGAAGGAGUUAGUCUGCCUCGCUCCACCCUCUACUGUCACUACCUGCUCCACUGUCAGGAGCAGAAGCUGGAGCCCGUCAACGCCGCGUCCUUCGGGAAACUCAUCAGAUCCGUCUUCAUGGGUCUCCGCACACGCCGCCUGGGCACACGGUGAGAUGAGGGACAUGAGAGGGGAUGAUACGAAAGAGAUAAGAUGAGACACGAGAUCACAGAUGAGACAAAACAAUUAACAUAAGACUGGACCAGGCUGGACCGGACCAGACCAGACUAGAGAAGACCAGACCAGACCAGACCAGACUGAAGGCAUUAGAUAAAAUUAGAGACCAGAUCAUAUUUUGAAUAAGACAAGCCAAGAAAAACAACAAAAAAAGGGAAUAAAAACAGAAAGUAAAACAAAAUCAGACUGAUGAGGGAUAAAUCAAACAAACUGAGGUGAUAAAGGGAGAGAGAGAUAAAGGUAAAACAAGACUCCAAUAAAUCAUGUGAUCGAAGGUCAAUUUAAAUCUACAGGUCACAUGACAACUAAUGUAUGAUGGACAGACAGGAGUGAUGAGACUUCAAGACCAUAAUAGUCAGUUUAGACUGAUAUUAUCAAAAUAACAGACUAAUGAACUUUAAUAACAGACUGAUGUUCUUUAAUAACAGACUUAUGUUCUUUAAUAACAGACUGAUUUACAGACCAAUGUUCUUUAAUAACAGACUGAUGUUCUUCAAUAACAGACUGAUUUACAGACUGAUGUUCUUUAAUAACAGACUGAUGUUCUUCAAUAACAGACUGAUGUUCUUCAAUAACAGACUGAUGUUCUUUAAUAACAGACUGAUGUUCUUUAAUAACAGACUGAUGUUCUUUAAUAACAGACUGAUGUUCUUUAAUAACAGACUGAUGUUCUUUAAUAACAGACUGAUGUUCUUUAAUAACAGACUGAUUUACAGACUGAUGUUCUUUAAUAACAGACUGAUAUUCUUUAAUAACAGACUGAUGUUCUUUAAUAACAGACUGAUUUACAGACUGAUGUUCUUUAAUAACAGACUGAUAUUCUUUAAUAACAGACUGAUAUUCUUUAAUAACAGACUGAUUAACUUUAAUAACAGACUGAUUUACAGACUGAUGUUCUUUAAUAACAGACUGAUAUUCUUUAAUAACAGACUGAUUUACAGACUGAUGUUCUUUAAUAACAGACUGAUGUUCUUUAAUAACAGACUGAUGUUCUUUAAUAACAGCCUGAUGUUCUCCUGUAUCGUGUCGUUUACAGCGGGAACUCUAAGUACCAUUACUACGGGCUGAGGAUUAAGGCUGGUUCCUCUCUCCUGCGUCUGAUGGAGGACCAGCAGCACCUGGCCAUGAGGCAGCAGCCCUUCUCACAGAAACAGAGGUACACACACACACACACACACACACACACACACACGCACACACACACACACGUUAACUGUGGUUUGAUGUUUUACAGUAAUUCGUCAUUGUCUCUCAGUCCCAGCUGUUUACUGUCUGAUAACAAAGACUGUGUUUCUUUAUUAUUGGUCAUCAGCUGGUGUUUCCUCUGCGGUCUGAUGUGUUUCUGUCUCCACCCUGUCAGAUUGAAGCCGGUGCAAAAGGUGGAGGGGAUGACCAAUGGCACUGCAUCAGGAGGGGGCCAGCAGCAGCAGCAGCAACAACAACAGGGUUCUGGACAGGUGGACAUCAGUACUCAGGUGCAGCAGUACCAGCAGUUUUUAGGUGAGUUAACCUACAGCUGCAGGUGAGAGAGUGAUGCUCCAGCCUGAUGAGAUUAUUUUAUUCUGCAGAGGUAAUUUGGUAUCUGUUCACAGAGGUACUGUGUCCGUGUUUAAGAUUUCUUAUUUCUUACCUUUUUUAGACGCCUCGAGAGCUCUUCCUGAGUUUCCUGACAUCGACCUCCAGGGAAAGGCUUUGCCGGAGGGCAUAGAGCUGGAGCACAUCAAGAGCUUUCAGCUGCUCUACAGAGAACAUUGUGAGGUAAGCUGGAAAGAGGACACCAGUCUCUUCAAAUUCUGUCACAUUAGACUCAGGUCUUCUUUCAGGCCGUCACACCGACUCUCUGCGCGUUGUUUCAGGCUAUCCUGGACGUGAUGGUCAACCUGCAGUUUACUCUGGUGGAGACGCUUUGGAAAACCUUCUGGAGGUUCAGCCAGAGUCAGGCUGGAGAUGCUACGCUGGCCGUGUGAGUGCUCAGGAAGUCACACUCUGUAUUUUUGGUGGUCACUGUACUUGUUUAUAACUCGAUGUGCUUCUGUGUGUGUCUGUUGGUAUGAUGUGUGUGUGUUUGCUCACAGUCACGAUGAGUCGGAGAAACGCCUCCCUAAGUCCUGCCUGGUGUUGCUGUGUAAGUACGAGCCGGUCCUGCGCUGGAGUCGUGACUGUGACAACAGCCUGUAUCAGGGUCUGGUGGAGAUCCUGAUCCCUGAUGUCCUCAGACCCAUCCCCAGUAAGACUGCCCACAUAAUCUCACACCUCACUGCUAAACAAACAGGACGGAGUAUUGUAGGCUCACAUAAUGAACUCUGAGGGAGUGUUGAGGGGUCCGGUGGGUUUGCUGCAGGUCCUCACCUGGACACAAAGACAGCCAUAGUUAAUGAAUGAGAGAGCAGAGGUCCAUCAGACAGACCCGCAUCGUAAAUCUGCUCUACAUUUCACUAAGUGUCUUUCUUUUUAUUUAACAUUUGAGCUAGGGCCCGACCGAUUUAGUAGUUGAGAACGCUUUUCUUUAAAAAAUCAGACGAUUAAUCGGUAUUCUGAUUUUUUCCUACCUAAUAAUCGCUAUCGGCCCCAAAUAAUCCAUAUUGGUCGGGCCCUAAUUUAAGCUGCAGGCUCUGUUUGCAUUCCUCUGUGGAAAUUCUCCUAAUGGUUUUGAACCUUCUGUUCUCUAUCCCACUUUUAAUCAGCUGCUGAAUGUUUCCUUAAAGACGGGUAACAACACCUCUUCUAUCUUUUCACCAGGUGCCUUAACUCAAGCCAUCCGAAACUUCGCCAAGAGCCUGGAGAGCUGGCUGACGAAUGCCAUGAUGAACAUCCCUGAGGAGAUGGUUCGCACCAAGGUACCUUCCACCUUUAAGCUCUACAUGCAGCCGACAGGACAGGACUCGAAUUCAUGAUCCAGCUGUGCUUUAGGCCUGCAGGAUCAGAACUUUGCUUCACUAAACUCUGUCACUGUAGGAGGAAGAAUGACCUGUUUCCAUGGGAACAGUCUGAUUGCGAUGUCUUUGUCAGUGUGAAUAGAGCGUGUGAUCAGGAUUUUUUAAUGUGUCUGAGUGAGAACAUGUAAACACAUCUGUCUCUGAGGUGUAGAGCUCUUCAUCCUCACUCUUCCUCUCAUCUGUUGUUUGGGGGAUUGAGGGUUAGUUUGUACACUUCCUUAUCCACUCGUCAUUUCCCGCUCACUCUCUCCCAGGUCACAUCUGCCAACGCGUUUGCUCAGACGCUGAGGCGCUACACCAGUCUGAACCACUUGGCCCAAGCAGCUCGCGCCGUGCUGCAGAACACGGCUCAGAUCAACCAGAUGCUCUCAGACCUGAAUCGGGUCGACUUUGCAAACGUCCAGGUGAGUUUAUUCUGCCGACACCAGCAGCUAAGUUAACCUCCGUGUUUGGUGCAGUCAUUUCUGUGGAUUUACUAAACUCAUAUGUUUGAGGGUUACUGUGUAUUUUCUGCAAACGAAGCUGCUUGUCCAGCGACACCGAACAGUUAAAGAUAUCUAAACACCUGGCAGUGAUUUACGGUCCUCCUUUGAGACAGUCUGUGAAAAACCGGCAGUCGUGAUGACCUCUUUCUGACCCUGACUGCUCUGCUCCUCCCUCUACAGGAGCAGGCAUCCUGGGUCUGCAGGUGUGAAGACCGUGUGGUCCAGCGACUGGAGCAGGACUUCAAGCUCACCCUGCAGCAGCAGAACUCUCUGGAGCAAUGGGCAGCAUGGCUCGACGGUGUGGUCUCCCAGGUCCUGAAGCCCUACCAGCAAAGUCCCGCCUUCCCCAAGGCCGCCAAGCUGUUCCUCCUGAAGUGGUCCUUCUACAGGUGUGACGGGCGGGGCUUCAUGUUUUUAUUUCCAUCUUGUGAUUUUUAAUGUUUUAUCCAGUAAAGGAAGUUCUGAUCAGGUUCUGAAGGAAAGAAAUGAUGAAGUUCUAGUUCCAGUUCUCCGUAUAUUUUCAUCUGUACGGAUUCAUUUACGCUUUAAUAUCAUUAAAUACAUCUAAACUACUUCUCUCCUCCUCCUCCGCAGCUCCAUGGUGAUCAGGGAUCUGACCUUGAGGAGUGCUGCCAGCUUUGGAUCCUUUCACCUGAUCCGCCUCCUCUAUGACGAGUACAUGUACUACCUGAUCGAGCACCGAGUGGCCCAGGCCAAAGGAGAGACCCCCAUAGCUGUGAUGGGAGAGGUAUGAGCACCAGGACACACACUGAGUAUAUCCAAUCAAACACUGUCCUCGCACCUCUAACCCAAACCUCUGUCAGCAGUUUGCCAGUUUGGGCCGAGGUCUGAGUCAGCUGGAUCCCGACAAAGGUAACCACACCAGGUCUCUGAGGGUCCUAGACAGACCUGCCGAAACCCCAACCAAAACCCUGCUGCUCAAAUCUGAACCCAAAUUAAAACCUGAACAUGAACCCAAACCCGAACCUGAACCUGAUCCCAAACCCUAAUCUAAACCUGAACCAGAACUUAAACCUGAUCCAAAAUAGAACAGUAUGAUGGGACUUUAUGAUAUAAUGAACCGUAUUUAGUUAAGAUGCUGUUCUGUUAUUAUAAAGAUUUAUGAUAUUAUGAUUGUUGAUGGUUCCCAUGAUAAAAGUUAUAAAUGAUACUUUAUAUUAUUUAAAAUAUUAAAAAAUAAUAUGUAUAAUUAUAAUAUAACUAAUUAUAAUAUGUAUUUAUUUUUUAAUUUAAUGCAUUUAUUUUGAUGUAAUUAAUGAAGAAUAUUCUGAUUUCUGAUGGUUUGAUAAAUGUGAUCUUUGUCCUGGAGUGAUGUGAGAUUAUUAUGAAUAAAUAUUAAUUAAUGAAGGCCUGGUGUUUGACCUUUGACCUCAGUGAUGCUCACAGCCUUGUUGUUCUUCCAGAAGAGGAGGAGGAGGAGGAGGAGGAGAGCGAUGACGAAGGUCAGGAGCUGUCACUUCCCUCAGACGGCGCCGUGCUCGGAGAUGAGUCUCUGGAGCCGCCCGCCAAGCUGGCCAGAACUGACCAAAGAGUGCUGUUCACCACCGGAUCAGCUGACAACUAACCACUGAGGACACACACACACACAAACACACACGCACACACACACACUAAUGUACAAAGAACAUUACUUUAUACACUCCACAUGUAUAUAGAGCUCAUAUAUAUAAUAUAUAUAUAUAUAUGUGUGUGUGUGUGGUCUCUGGUUGCAUACUGUAACUGUCCUAUUUAUGUACUGUACACACACACACACACACACACGCGCACACACACGUUCUGUCAGUGCUGCUGCUGCCUGGAUGGCGCCAUCUGCUGGUCCUUUCAGUCCAACACACGGUCAGUGGAGACGGGACGUGAUGAGCCGGGUCGUCGCAGAAACGACGACUUUUACUCUAAUUUUUGUUUUUAAAAAAAUGAACUAAACUUAAAAUGUUUUUACUUUUGUCAUCUCAUCGCUGCAGAAACUCCGCCCCCCGACACGUCACUGCCCAAACUAGAGCUCCUGUUGACAUUGUGUGUGUGUGUGUGUGUGUGUGAUGUGAAGAGUUGCCUCUGUAGAUAUUUUUCUGAGACCACGUCCUGGUUGAUUUUCCUGCCUGUAAAGCGUUGUGUUUGGGUUUUUGGGGGUUUAGUUGUGGUGAUCUUGGAGUGCCUGUUGCAGCUGUUUGUUUCUUUCUUGUGAAAUUGAAGGCGUGGAAUCGAAGCUUAUUUCAGCCUCUGCAGAAACUCUCCUUUCUUGUUUUCUCUGUCUUUUGUCCUUUUUUUCUCUCUCUUUCUCCUUUCUUUCUUUCUUUCUUUCUUUCUUUCUUUCUUUCUUUCUUUCUUUCUCUGAUUGAACACCUUCUUUCCGUCAGAGAGCUGCUGUCUUAAGUGCUUUAUUCCUGUCCUCUGUGAGUUUUCUUACUUUGCUGCCUCGUUUCCUUUGACCUUGUUUCCUUGCCUUAUUUCAGACCUUCCUUUGUGCCAAACCUGUUUCUUUCUUCGCUCCCAGAUCUCCGCUAAGUUUUGAGCUCGUGUGUUUUUAAGAGGACUGUGCCUGAGUAGGAACAGUGAUGUAUUCUGCUGUAUAUUUAUCCACUUUUUUGAAUUCUGUUGUCACUAAGUGAACCUCUCGUGCAGUGUUUGGUGCUGUGUUGUCACACAUUGUAAAAACCUCUGUGUGCAUAUUUGAUUUGUGAUUGUAUGUUCAGUUUCUUCUUCAUAUCUGAUGAUUUUCCCACUGACAGGCUGACGCCCAGCUUUUUGCACACACUGACUUAAAAGUCUGACAGUUUCCUGGAACCUUUGUGAAGUUGAAGGUGCUGCUCUGUGGUUCAGAGAUGUGAUGUUUUUUUUCUGCACAGUCCUCGGCCAACACUCUUCUGCUCGCUGCGUCUCCGCCCUCCCGCAGUCAGCUCGGUUUCCCCUCAAAUAUCCUUCCUCUUGAUGCUGUUUGUUGGAGUGGUGGUUGUUGUCGGCGUUUCUCAGAUUUUGAAACAGUGUUUUUACACAGCUGCAGUGCGCAUGUUUUUAUCAGCCAUCAGCAGCCUCAAACCAGCACAUCAUCGUUUUCUCUAGAGCCUGGAGCUGUCGCAGCCGAACACCUGUAAGUGCAGGUAUGAUCCACAGCUCAGAGGACAGCCAUUGCUUCCCGCCGGAAAGAUGUGUAGUCAUUUAAGCGUGCAUUGUUUUUUUUUAAUGUACAAAACAAGCUGGAAAAAAGAUGUUCAGUGGCAGUGUUUUCUGAUUUGGUCUGCUGUAAGUAUGACUGUGCCUUUGGAGGUGGUAGAAUGCAAAAAGAUGUUUUUAAUUUUAAAGAUUUAAAUUAAAGAAUUUUUAAAAUUGCA